AUGUUCUUUCAGGUUUAUGAGGCUCUUGAGCACAAGCUGGCUGUUGCGGAAGCAGCUCAGCGGUUGAGGCUUCCUCUUAUUUCUAAAGAUGGUGAGAUUCAAGAGGAAGAAAUUGAGAAAUGGAGUAUCAUGUCAAGAAGCUCCCUUGAUAGUACGAGUACCAGCUUCACUAUAAGCUCAAACUCAACGAACUACACAAAUAUUUCUGCAGUUGGCACUAGUGUUACAGCAAACAAUGCUGUGUCUGGCAGUGCUGUUGAUGCUGCCGAACCUGGAGUUGGUGGUCCUCCAAAUCGAUUCCUUGGAAUAACAGCUGCUUACUUACGGCAAACUCAGCUUCAACAUUCACCAUUAUGUAUGGAUAUGGCAGAAUACCAGAUGCCACUUCUCCGUGGAGUUGAGAGUCAGUUGAAAGCUAAAUGUGAUAACUUAGCUGAUGCUUGCGUAUUAGAUGAUUUUGCAGACUCCUCAACUGGUAAUCCAAAUACAACUGCUCAGCUCCCAGAAAGUGCUCUAGAGCAUAGUCUCCUGCGUGAGACUUACACUCAGGAAUCGAUUCCAGAACUCCAUAAAAUAAGGAAAUUUCUGGUUGAAGCUACAGAAGAAGCUUCCCUCGCCAACAAUAAAGUGGUUACGUGUCUUCGAGAGUAUCAAGGUGUUGAUCCACACUUUGAUUUAAUCGUGAGGCAGUACCAAGACAUCGUGAAGGUAAACUAA